CCCACACCGGCCCCGGCCCCCACGGGCUUAACACCGGCCCCGGCCCCGCCCCGGCCCCCACGGGCUUAACACCGGCCCCCACGGGCUUAACAUCGGCCCCGGCCCCACACCAGCCCCGGCUACGCCGCCAUGGGCAGCCGCAGCACCCGUCCCCAGUCUGGCCGGUACGGCGGGCCAGACAGCGCACAGCAGAGCCCCGGCUCCGCCGGCCGCCCCCGGCGAAGCUCGGGCUCAGAAGCGGCGGGCAGCUCGUACUCUGACCGGUCUCGGAGACCCCCUCGUCAAGCUGUCCCGUCGGGUUCGCCCAUGGCCGUGGUGGGGCACAGCUGCCACAUACACCAUCGCAGAGACAGUGGGCGGACGCUGCAAAGGAACGAUUCCCGAUGGAGCAUGGAAACAGAGGAUAGGUUCACCAUGAGCCAUCUGAUGAACCAAGAACGGGAUUCUUCCCCCAGCACACCGGUACAACGAGCCCUGCGGGCGCUCACCAUCCCGCUGGAGAGGCUGCACAUUAUGAAGGGCCACAUGAUGCAGGCCAUGCGCAGGGGGCUGGGCCGCCACACACAUUCACGGGCCACCUUGAAGAUGCUGCCCACCUACAUCUGCGCCACUCCUGAUGGCACCGAGAAGGGUGACUUUCUGGUGGUAGAGCUGUGCCAGAGCCAGGUCCGGACCCUGCUGGUGACCCUCUUUGGAGAUGGAAACCCGAGCCCACAAAUGAUGUACAAGACCUUUGACAUGCCAGAGGACAUCAGGCAGGGCGAGGGGCAAGCGCUCUUUGAUUUCAUUGCACAAUGCCUGUCCCAGUUCCUGGCUGAUGCCAACACACCCCUGGAACACCUCCCCCUGGGCUUCGUCUUCCCCUUCAGCUGUCGGCAGACACAGCUGAACAAGGCAGAACUCAUCUCCUGGUCCAAGGGCUUCAGCUGCAAGGACGUGGUGGGGAGGGAUGUUGUGCAGUUGCUACAGUCAGCCAUCAACAAGCAGGAGCUCUCCCAUGUGGAAGUUGUUGCCCUGAUGAAUGACACGGUGGGCACCAUGAUGACCUGCAGCACAGAGGGAAGACCUUGUGAGGUUGCCUUGGUUGCAGACAAGGGCAGCAACUGCUGCUUCAUGGCCGAGGCAUAUCUGGUAGAAACGGCAGAGGAGACCAGCGGGCGAAUGUGUAUCAACACUGAGUGGGGCCGCUUUGGGGACGAUGGUAUUCUGAGUGACAUCCUGACCCCCUAUGAUGAGUGCGUGGACGAAGAAUCCUUCAGCCCUGGGGAGAAGAGAUUUGAGAAGAUGGUGGGCAGCCUGUAUCUGGGGGAGAUCACCCGGCACGUGCUGAUUGCCCUGGCCGCUGAAAAAGCACUCUUCUCUGGGAGCAGUGUUGCUGUCCUGAAGGAGAAGGGUGUGCUCACGACCCAUCAGGUUCUGGAGAUCAUCAGCGUUGAGGAAGGCAUGGCUGUGACGAAGACGACUCUAGAGGCUCUGGGGCUGCAGCCAAAUGAGCAAGAUUGCAGCCGGGUGCAGCAGAUCUGCCGGGCGGUGGUGAGCCGCGCUGCCACGCUCUACGCCACUGGCCUGGCUGCCGUCCUCAGCUACAUGUGCGAGACCCGGGACAUGGAUCAGCUGCUUGUCAAUGUGGGAGUGGAUGGAGAACUGUACCAAGGCCACACCAGGUUCGAGGAGAUCCUGCAGAGUGUGACAAGGCUGCUGGCCCCUGAGUGUGUGCCCACUCUCUUGCCCUCAACAGAUGGGUCUGGGCGGGGGGCAGCCAUGGUGACAGCAGUGGCUGUGCGCCUGGAGGCCCAGCGCCGGGAGGUGGCCAAGGUGCUGGCCCCACUGCGGCUCAAGCAUGAUGACCUGGUGGAGGUCCAGGCACUGAUGAGGCAGGAGAUGGAGCUAGGGCUGGGUCAGGAGACCCAUGCCAAUGCCUCUGUCCGCAUGCUGCCCACCUACGUUUGUCACACACCUGAUGGCACCGAGCUAGGUGAAUUCCUGGCACUGGACCUGGGAGGGACCAAUUUCCGUGUGCUGGUGGUGCAGGUGACAGAGGAGGGCAUCCGCAUGGCCAGUGAGAUCUACGUCAUCCCAACUGCCAUCAUGCAGGGCACCGGCGAGGCGCUCUUUGACCACAUCAUCGACUGCAUCAUGGACUUCCAGCUGAAGCAGAACCUGAUGACACACACCCUACCUCUCGGCUUCACCUUUUCCUUCCCCUGCCAGCAAGUGGGCCUGGAUAAGGCAUUGCUGCUGACCUGGACCAAAGGCUUCAGUGCCUCAGGCUGUGUGGGGCAGGAUGUGGUCCAGCUGCUGCGGGAGGCUGCUGAGCGCAAACAUCAUUCAGGGCUGAAGGUGGUGGCUCUGGUUAACGACACAGUGGGAACCAUGAUGUCCUGUGGCUAUGAAGACCCAAAAUGUGAAAUCGGGCUCAUCGUGGGGACAGGGACAAAUGCCUGCUACAUGGAGGAGAUGCGGAACGUGGGUACUGUGGAAGGGGACGAGGGCCGCAUGUGCAUCAACAUGGAGUGGGGGGCCUUUGGGGACAAUGGCUGCCUGGACCACAUCUUCACCAGCUUUGACAGGGUGGUGGAUGAGCAGACCAUCAAUCCCGGCAAGCAGAGGUUUGAGAAGCUCAUCAGCGGCAUGUACCUGGGCGAGAUUGUGCGCCACAUCCUGUUGGCAAUGUCAGACAAAGAGCUCCUGUUCCACGGCAAUCCCAGCCCCAAGCUCUUCACCAAGGAUAUCUUCAAGACCAAGUUCCUCUCUACCAUCGAGCUCGAUGGGCUGGCCCUGCGGCAGAUACGGCAAAUCCUGCAGGACCUGGAGCUCAAUGCCAGCUACGAGGACAGCGUGCUGAUGCGGGAAGUGUGCCAUACUGUGUCCGUGCGGGCAGCCCAGCUCUGCGCUGCCGGCUUGGCUGCUGUGGUGGAGAAGAUGAGGGAGAACCGGGGCCUGGACCGACUGUCUGUCACCGUAGGGGUGGAUGGCACCUUGUACAAGCUGCACCCACAUUUCUCCCGCUGCCUCCAGAGGACUCUGCGGGACCUGGCGCCCAACUGCACUGUCAAAUUCAUGCCAUCAGAGGACGGCUCGGGGAAAGGGGCCGCGCUUGUGGCAGCUGUGGCCUGUCGUGCCACCGGCCCGGGGCAAUAGCCAUCACCAUCACCAUCACCAUCACACCAAUAAAGCGCUGUGCUCCACA